AACUGCUCGCUUCAUCCAGCCUUCAAUCUCCGUGCUGCGCGCCUGCGCCCCGCGAAUUCUUUACGCUCUCGAGAUCUCUCUCUAGAUUCUCUCGGCUUCCCUCUUCCGAAUUCGUGCAAGAAAUCCAUGGCGGCUACGACGAUAGAUUGGCACGGCCGCAACGCCGCCUUGUAUGGCGUGGCGGACAGGGACAGCAAGGAGCUGGUGCGCGCGCUUGCUCCGCCCAUGCAACAGGCGGCCCCGACCAUCUCGUUCGCGUACCCCUGCUCCGGCGUGGAGCAGCAGAGCGCGGCGGCGGCGGCGGGCUCGUUUCUGGGCGCCGGCGGUAGUAGUGGCCUGCUGACUCCGGCACAGAUUCUCCAGCUGCAGUCGCGACUCCAGUUCCUGCGCCGGCCGGCGGCGGGCGGCGCCACGCUGGCCGCGGUGACCACGCAGCAGAUGAAGCGGCAGGGCGUGCCGCAGGCUCCGGCGCCGCUUACCUCAAGGCCGGCGGUGUCCAAGCUGUACCGCGGCGUCCGGCAGCGGCAUUGGGGGAAGUGGGUGGCGGAGAUCCGCCUGCCGCGCAACCGCACCCGCCUCUGGCUCGGCACCUUCGACACCGCCGAGGAGGCCGCGCUCGCCUACGACAGCGCCGCGUUCCGCCUCCGCGGGGACUCCGCCAGGCUCAACUUCCCCGAGCUCAGGCGCGGCGGCCAGCACCUCGGCCCGCCGCUCCACGCCGCGGUCGACGCCAAGCUCCACGCCAUCUGCAACGGCACGACGGACGUCGUUGUGCCGCUGCCCCAGAGCCAGAGCCAGAGCCAGAGCCAGAGCCAGAGCCACGCCACGACGGCGACGGCGACAACCACCCCGAGCUCUCUCUCCUCGGCGAGCCCACACGUCAAGAGCGAGCCGGGCUGCUCCGGCUCCGAGAGCUCGUUUUCCGCAGACGGCGACGUGUCCUCGACUGGGUCCUCCGACGUGGUGCCAGAGAUGCAACUACUCGACUUCUCAGAAGCGCCAUGGGACGAGUCCGAGAGCUUCCACCUGCGCAAGUACCCGUCCCUGGAGAUCGACUGGGACUCCAUCCUGAUUUCAUAAUGCGAUGGCUUUGCUCGUCUUGUCUCCCCAGCUCUUGAUCAAGCUGUUCUUGCUUGCUCUGUACUUCACAGACCAAAGGAUAUUAAAGUGGUGUCUUGAUGUUUAGGUACUUGUUGGUUUAGGUUUCGGGUUUGAUCAUGUCUAGCAUCAACCCUGGUCUGCUUGCUUUUUUGAACGGCAUUGCCAGGAUGGAGGUCUCACUACUUUGUAUUAUUUUGAUGAAAUUACUAGCAGUCUGCAUCCAACAGGUUUCAUGUAUAUAGACACACUGUUAUGACGUUUA